AGUACUAGUCUUGGCUACAACUGGUUGACUGUCAUAAUCACUCACCAUCAGGAUCUGAAAAUCUCUAGGAACAACGGAGUUUUAGUUGGUAAUUUUGUAAGUAACUACGAAUAUAUUUCUGCCCAAAAAGGAAAAAAAAAACUACGAAUAUAUUAACCAUUUAUUUGUUAUAGCUGUUUUGCAUAAGUUUUCCAAGAACUUAAUUUCUGAACUUCCGUCACAUUCGACUAUGGCUUAUCACCAUGGUAGAGUUGAUGGUUAUUCACCAGAACCAUACCAUUUCUUCAAAGUCAUUCUUGAAAGUACCAUUCGGGAUGGCAAACUUGGAAUUCCUCACAAGUUUGCAAAAGAUUAUGGAAGUAAACUGUCAAGCCCAGUAUUCUUUGAGGUUCCAAAUGGUGAAGUGUGGGAAUUGGAGCUGAUGAAACUUGAUGGUAAAUUGUGGGUUCAAAAUGGGUGGCGAAAAUUUACUGAGAAUUACUCUUUGGAGUUGGGACAUUUCUUGGUGUUUAGAUACCAACGGAAUUGCCGUUUCCAUGUUCUCAUAUUUGAUAGAAGUGCUUCAGAGAUUCACUAUCCAUACGCUAAUAACAUCUCUACCGACAUGACAAAGAAACCAGUGUUGCAAUGUCCUCGCCCUCCAAAAAUUAUGAGAGCUAGUAAUAAUGGGUUUUCAGCUACAAAGGGAAAUGAAAAAUCUAAAGCUCUGGAGAGAGCUAGCAGUGCCAUCAAGUCUGGAAACCCAUUCUUUUUGGUUUUCAUGCAACCAACAUAUGUUGGUCUUCACUCCAAAGUUAGCUGCCUUAGUAUACCUAAGGAGUUUUCCAGGAAAUAUUUGAUGGAUCAAGGUGAUGUCAUUCUCUGUGAUUCUAGUGGGAAUACUUGGUCUGCUCAGUACCGCGCUACUCUAGGAAUGAACGGACAACCUUAUGUGAAACUCUUAAAUGGUUGGGAUGCUUUUGUACGCGACAAUAACUUACAAGUUGGUGAUGUUUGCGCCUUUGAGUUAAUCGACUGCAUUGACAUCUCAUUCCAAGUAGUCAUUUAUAGUAGUAAGAAGGCAGAUUUUCAUGGAUCGCCUGCACAAAUGGAAGCCGGAAUGACAUUGACUCGUUCCGAAUGCCUGGAACCAGUGAAGGCCCGUGAAACAGCUUUUCACAGAGAGAUGAAAGUCCGUGAAAAAGCUCUCCAAAGAGCACUGGCUUUCACAUCUGAGAAUCCCUUUUUUGUUGUUGUUUUACGACCAUCAUAUGUUCAGUCUCAUGCAUUGUGUAUAUCCAACGAUUUCACAAGGAAACAUUUCAAGACUACCCUCACCAACAUCGGUAUAGCCCUUCGUCUUUCAAAUGGGAAAUCAUGGCCGGCAGAGUACCAUCAGCGAAGCAUUGGAAAUCCAAAUGCAAGGAUCUGUAAUGGUUGGAGGGCUUUUGUUAAUGACAAUAAAUUGAAAGUUGGUGAUGUUUGUGUCUUCGAGUUGGUGAGUGACACUCAAAUUUCCGUCAAAGUAAUCAUUUUCCAGGCUAUUGCAGAUGAAGAUUCCCACCCAUCACAAGGAGCUAGUGAGGAAGCUUUAGGCUUGACAUCACAGUCUGCUAAAGCUCCAUUAAUCUUCCGACGAGUUGUGCUGCCAUUACACCUUAAGGAAGACUGUGUGGAUAUACCAUUUAGAUUUGUUGAACAAUAUUUUGAGCCCAAUGUCCAGAAGUUGAUACUUCAGGUUGCAGAUAGAACAUGGCCCGUCGAGAUAACAAGCAACCCUCGAAUUCGCAUAGCUAAGUUAACAAGCGGCUGGAUCAAAUUUGCGAGGGAAAACUCUCUAAGAGAAGGUGAUAUAUGUGUCUAUGAGCUGGAUACAGUCGACAAUAACUUGCUUAAAGUAUCCAUUUCAAAAUAUGCUAGUUAAACUGUAAUGGACAUUCCUGCUGUUUAUGGAAGCAAUCAGAAUUAAGUAUAUGAGGAGACAAACUGAAGUCCAGAAUCUGAGUAUUUAUAAAUCUCAAGAUUUUAUCACUUCUAGUGUGAUUUAAUGGAUAUGAACUAUAAUUUUACGGAAAAAAGAAUUGAUCUAAUUAGAUGAAUUGAUAUAUCCUGUGUACAAUGCACUCUUUUGUUCUGUAUGUCAUGAAUCGAUAUAUCCUUGAUUACCUACUAA